AUGAGUUUUAUCAUGAAGCUUCACCGACAUUUUCAAAGGACGGUUAUUCUGCUUACCACUUUUUGUAUGGUGAGCAUUAUUAUUUCUGCUUACUACCUGUACACUGGCCACAAGCAGGAAAAUGAGCUCUCUGAGACGGCUUCAGAAGUAGACUGUGGUGACCUCCAUUACCUGCCAUCUAAGCUAAUGGAAGUGAAGACACCGAAAGUUUCUGAUGCUGCAAGGACAGAACCGAUCGUCCUUGUGUUCGUGGAAAGCCAGUAUUCAUCCCUUGGUCAAGACAUCAUUAUGAUUCUGGAAUCCAGUAGAUUCCAGUAUCACGUUGAGAUUGCUCCUGGAAAGGGCGAUCUCCCAGCACUUACAGACAAAACUAAAGGCAAAUAUGUCCUCAUUAUUUAUGAGAAUAUUUUAAAGUAUAUAAAUAUGGAUUCUUGGAACCGAAGCCUCUUAGAUAAAUACUGUGUAGAAUAUGGUGUGGGUAUCAUUGGAUUCCACAAAAUGAUUGAGAAGAGCCUACAGAGCUUUCAGCUGAAAGGUUUCCCCUUUUCCAUCUAUGGAAACCUUGCAGUGAAAGACUGUUGCAUUAAUUCUCAUUCUCCAUUGCUCCAUGUGACCAAGUCUUCUAAGCUUGAAAAGGGAUCUUUACCUGGAAAUGAUUGGACAGUCUUUCAGAUUAAUCACUCAGCUUACCAACCAGUAAUAUUUGCCAAAGUAAAGACUCCAGAAAACCUUUCUCCUCCCAUCUCUAAAGGUGCUUUUUAUGCUACUGUCAUCCAUGACCUGGGACUGCAUGAUGGAAUUCAACGAGUUCUUUUCGGAAACAACUUGAACUUUUGGCUGCAUAAGCUCAUCUUUAUAGAUGCCAUCUCCUUCCUAUCCGGGAAGAGGCUGGCUUUGUCUUUGGAUAGGUACAUCCUUGUGGACAUAGAUGAUAUAUUUGUGGGAAAGGAGGGGACCAGAAUGAACACCAAUGAUGUGAAGGCCCUGCUUGAUACUCAGAAUCUUUUGCGUGCACAAAUCACAAAUUUUACAUUCAACUUGGGAUUUUCAGGGAAAUUUUACCAUACAGGAACAAAAGAGGAAGAUGAAGGAGAUGACUGUCUGUUGGGGUCUGUCGACGAGUUCUGGUGGUUUCCUCACAUGUGGAGCCACAUGCAGCCCCACCUCUUCCAUAAUGAGUCAUCUUUGGUGGAGCAGAUGAUUCUCAACAAAAAAUUUGCCUUAGAGCAUGGCAUUCCUACUGACAUGGGCUAUGCGGUGGCUCCUCACCAUUCAGGUGUCUACCCUGUUCAUGUUCAGCUUUAUGAGGCCUGGAAGAAAGUCUGGAAUAUUAAAAUCACCAGCACUGAAGAAUACCCACAUCUGAAACCAGCCAGAUACCGGCGGGGCUUCAUCCACAAAAACAUCAUGGUUCUUCCAAGACAGACCUGUGGGCUUUUUACUCACACAAUUUUCUACAAAGAAUACCCAGGAGGUCCUAAGGAGCUGGACAAGAGUAUUCAAGGUGGUGAACUGUUCUUCACUGUGGUCCUCAACCCAAUCAGCAUUUUCAUGACCCAUUUGUCCAACUAUGGGAAUGACCGGCUGGGAUUAUAUACAUUUGUUAAUCUGGCUAAUUUUGUACAGAGCUGGACCAACUUGAGACUUCAGACUCUACCGCCAGUGCAAUUGGCUCAUAAGUAUUUUGAGCUCUUUCCGGAUCAGAAAGACCCUCUCUGGCAGAAUCCUUGUGAUGACAAACGCCACAGAGACAUUUGGUCUAAAGAAAAAACAUGUGAUCGCUUACCGAAAUUCUUGGUAAUUGGGCCCCAGAAGACUGGCACUACUGCUUUAUAUUUGUUCCUGGUUAUGCAUCCUUCCAUCCUUAGUAACUCCCCCAGCCCAAAAACCUUUGAGGAGGUACAGUUCUUUAAUAGAAAUAACUACCACAGGGGGAUUGAUUGGUAUAUGGAUUUCUUCCCAGUGCCAUCUAAUGUUACCACUGAUUUUCUGUUUGAAAAGAGUGCCAACUAUUUCCACUCAGAGGAGGCUCCUAAAAGAGCUGCUUCUCUGGUCCCCAAAGCCAAGAUCAUCACCAUUCUUAUUGAUCCUUCGGACAGAGCAUAUUCCUGGUAUCAGCAUCAGCGAUCACAUGAAGACCCUGCAGCUCUGAAGUUUAGCUUCUAUGAAGUGAUCUCAGCCGGACCCCAUGCACCCUCUGAGCUGAGAGUCUUACAGAAGAGAUGUUUGGUACCUGGGUGGUAUGCCAGCCACAUAGAGAGAUGGCUUGUUUAUUUCCCACCUUUCCAGUUGCUAAUUAUCGAUGGGCAGCACUUAAGAACCGAUCCUGCUACUGUGAUGGAUGAAGUACAGAAGUUUCUAGGAGUCUCUCCUCAUUAUAAUUAUUCAGAAGCUUUAACGUUUGAUUCUCACAAAGGCUUCUGGUGUCAGUUACUUGAAGAAGGUAAAACCAAAUGCCUUGGAAAAAGUAAAGGAAGAAAAUACCCUCCAAUGGAUUCUGAUAGCAGAGCAUUUCUGUCAAGCUACUAUCGAGAUCACAAUGUGGAACUCUCUAAGCUGCUUCACAAGCUGGGGCAGCCCCUACCUUCCUGGCUAAGACAAGAGCUGCAGAAAGUGAGAUAGCAUUGAAAGAAAAGUUCUUGAGAAUUCACCUUCCAAAAAAUAUGAAUUUUUCCCAAAGCUUCCAGAAGCUACCAAAACGCUGUUGAAAAAUAUACCUCUUCAAAUGAGAAAAAAAAAAAGGAUGAUACUUUCCAUAUGCUGGCAUGUGGAU